AUGAACCACGGCACGACGCUGCGCGCCAUGCGCGCUCCGUCCUCUCUCCUCUGCGGUAGCAGCAGCAGCAGCACCGUCCACACAUCCUUCCUCCUCUCUUCGAUCGCGCGACAAGCAACCCCCUACCGUCGGCUAGCGAGCUCCCUCACGCCCGAAUCCUCCCCCGCGAGCGACAAGGUCAACGCCAUCGCCUCGUCCCGCCCAACGGCCCUCGACCUCCCCGAGCGCAAACCCGACUCCUCAAAAAUUGGCCACCUCUUCGAAACGGGUAAAGCCUACAUCAAGUUCUACAAGACGGGCCUCAAAGCCGUCUUCUCCAACCGGCGCCACAUCCAAGACGUCAUCCGUGCCAAGAGCACCUCGGUCGAAGGGUUCCGCUCGCCCUCCGUCUUCACGCCGGGCGUCAUCCCCAAGGGCUUCUCGCGCGCCGACUGGGUCCUGCUCUGGCGCGUGCGCCACGACGUCCUCCGCGUCCCGCUCUUUGGCCUCGUGCUCCUGGUCUGCGGGGAAUUCACCCCGCUCAUUGUCAUUUUCGUCGACGGUGUCGUGCCGUACACCUGCCGCCUGCCGCGGCAGAUCGACGCCAGUUUCUCGCAGGCGGAGGAGCGCCGCCACAGGUCGUUUGCCGACUUUGAGAGGGCCGCGCCGCAGGGCGUCGCGGCGGCACAGGGGACGGCCGCGAGGGCGCCGGCGAGGAAACACGUGCUGCGCAGUCUGCACAUGCCCGGCAUGAUGUGGGAUAAGAUUGGUUUUAUCCCGCCGGGUAUGUGGGCGACGAAGGGCAAGCUGCGGAUGGCAUUCUUGGAAGGGGACGAUAGGUUGCUGGCUCGAGAUGGGGGCGCGGCCGGGUUGGAGGAGCAGGAGGUCAAGAUCGCGGCUACGGAGCGUGGUAUCGACUGCGCUGGUCGUGGGGUUCAGGAGCUGCGGCGCCUGCUUGACGAGUGGCUGCGCUUGACGGAGGCGGAGGAGACUGUGGAGAGGAGAAAGCGCAUGACGGUUCUCCUGACUACAAGGACGGAAAACUGGCCAAAGGACCGAGACUUUGCCCUCCCCGAGUGGCAUCUUUGA